GCACGGUAUAUUUACUAUCAUACUCUCUUGUUACCUUAGGGGGUGGUGGUCAUCGACGUUGAUAAACCCGUGACUUCGCGACAAUAUCGCGAACGCCACUUCGCGCUGAACGCGUCUCCAUCGCCUCCCAUCCAACUCUUAUCUCUAAUAGUUCACUCGUAUCCUCAGCACAGGACAACAAUACAUGCGAUAAUGAAGUCGGCGCCUACCGAAUAAUUCUCGGAACUGUAAAAAUUGCAAGAGCCGGGACACGAACAGCGGCCAUGUUUUCUCAUAUCCCUUCAUCAACAGGCUUCAACAAACCUCAUCUUGACGACCGACAGUAACCCUCAAUCGCACGAACGACCAUCCACCCACCGGCAAUCCUAUACCAGCCUCAGCUAUACACCGAAACUCCAAUCCUCCACCAUGCCCUCCACCGUCCUUAACCCCCUCGCCCCUCCCCGCAAACCCACAACCAUCCCCCCCCACCAACUCGACUACGUCCUCCGCAAAGUCUUCCACAAGCCCUCCUUCCGCCCCCACCAACGUGAAAUCAUCCUCGCCGCCCUGGCCUCCACCGACCUCCUCAUCCUCGCUGCCACCUCCUUCGGCAAGUCCCUCUGCUACCAACUCCCCGCUAUCCUCCACCACGGCAUCACCCUCGUCAUCUCCCCGCUGCUCGCCCUCAUGGCGAACCAGGUCUCCGCCCUCCAUUCCGCCGGCAUCGCCGUCGCCUCGCUGAACAGCACCACCCCGCUCGCCGAGCGCCGCCGCAUCCUCGACGAUCUGAAGAGCGGGCAUCCGAUUAUUAGACUGCUGUACGUCACCCCCGAGACGUGCGUGCAGGACGGGUUUCGGAAGAUCAUCCGCGUGGUGCACGCGCAGCACGAGCUCGCGCGGGUGGCGGUCGACGAGGCGCAUUGCAUCUCGGAGUGGGGCCACGACUUCCGGCCGGCGUACAAGCAGCUGGGUUGGUUUAAGCGGGAGUUACACGAUCCCGAGGUGCCGGUGAUGUGUGUGACGGCGACGGCGACGGAGCGGGUGGUGGGGGAUAUUGUGCGGAUGAUGGGCCUGGAGGAGGGGCGGUUGCGGACGUUUCGGUGUGGAGCAGCGCGGGGGAAUUUGCAUUUUGAGGUGCGGUAUAAGAGUGAUGAGGGGGAUGAGAUGGGGAGAGAUCCGUUUGAGGGGCUGGUGGGGUGGAUUAAGGGGAUGCAGCGACGGAAGCGGAAGAUGGAAGAGGCGGGGUUGUUGAAGUUGAAGGGAAAACCUACGACGGCGACUUCCACGACGGGACUAACAGCGGCCCCCUCCGCCACGCGCUCCCACUCCCCCAUCUCCGGCAUCAUCUACACCCUCUCCCGUACCUCCUGCGAACUCCUCGCCACCGCCCUCACCGCCGCUGGCAUCCCCUCCAAACCCUUCCACGCGGGCCUCCCCGCCCCCACCAAAUCCCUCACCCUCACCGCCUGGGCCGCCUCCUCUCCAGGCUACGAUGUCGUCGUCGCUACCACCGCCUUCGGCAUGGGAAUCGACAAGCACGACGUCCGCUUCGUCGCGCACUGGUGCCUCCCGAAGAGCUUCGAGGGGUACUAUCAGGAGGCGGGACGCGCAGGCAGGGAUGGGCGCGCGGCGAGCUGCGUGCUCUGGUAUGGGCGGGAGGAUCGGGAUCGGGUGGUGGGGUUUCGGGAAGGUGAGGGGGAGAGGAGGACCGCGGCGUGGGGGCGGGCGGAGAGCUUGAGGGCGUUGGUGGGGUGGGCGGAGGGGGUGGGGAAGUGUCGGCAUGUGGGGAUUCAGGAUUAUUUUGGGAAUGGGGAGGUGGGAAGAUGUGGAUUUGCGUGCGAUGUUUGUAAGGACGGGGAGGGGGUGCGGAAGCGGAUGGAGAGGGGGUUGGCAAGUGAGGAGUGGUGUUCGACACAGCGAGAGAUGGGGGUAUAUGAGAGUGGGGAGGAGUAUUAUUGA